ACAAGACGCACAUCCAGACAGAAUGAAGCCUUCGUAUAUUAUCUAACCUUUGAAACUAUGCCAGAAAUGAUACGAAAGUUGAUACCAGAAGAAGUUAGUCCAGCUUUCAUAUCCACUUCAUAUAGUCAUAACAAAGACAAAUAUAAUAAAGCCUUAAAACUUUCUGAGAGAGAACAAAAAAUCGUUUCGAAUUUAAGUUCAGACGGAUUUCUGAAAUGUGAAACGAAUCUUCUGUAUAAGCUAUGUCAGUACUUUGAUUUUGUGACUGCUCCCGUAGACGGUUGGGGAAGUUUCAAUAAUGAACUUCAAAAUAUAGGUGACGCAGUAGAAGCAAUAGUCAAAUUAAGAAAUGAAAUUAUCCACAAUUCAAAUCAUGAUCACAAGAAAACAAUCGAUAGAAUGGUUGAAAUCGCUAAAGUGGUUGAUAAAGAGUUAUCUACGGAUGAAAGGUUUGAAGAUGCUGUGAAAUCUUUCUGUGUUCAUGAAUUUGAUGAAAAUUAUGUUGAUGAGUUUAAAUCUGCCUUCCUAAACAUGACAGAAGAAGCAACAAAUGGUUCACAAGGUUCUUUUGAAGACGAAGUAUUGAAAGAAGAUGAGCCAAUGUGUUUUGACGAAGACUACAAUCCCGAUGUACUGCAAAAACCAAUCGUGUUUUCAUCCGAUCUUUUUGAGAACACAGGAGAAUGUAUUCGAACUGAAAUGAAAAAUAUUAAUGAGUUCACUGACAAAUUAUUCAAGCAAAGCCCUUUAAAAGAUAUAGAGUCUAGCGCUAGAGAUGUACAGUCUAGCGCUAGAGAUGUACAGUCUAGCGCUGGAUAUGUAAAGUCCAGCGCUGAAGAUGUAAUGUCUAGCGCUGGAGAUGUAAAAUCCAGCGCUGGAGAUCUAAAGUCUAGCGCUGAAUAUGUAAGGUCAAGCGCUGAAGAUGUAAAGUCUAGCGCUGGGGAUGUAAAGUCUAGCACUGGAGAUGUGUAA